ACUUUUUAAUAAGUGAUGAUACUAUAACUGGAGAGGUAUUCUAUCGCAGAAACAUUUUAAGUAAAAUCUAUUUCGGAAAUAAAAACUAAUCUAUAAUUAAAAAUUUGUCUAAGUUGCAAAUUUCUGUUAAACAUAAGACCUACAUUUCAGUUGAAAAUCUAAAGUAUUUUAAACAAGAAAAUUCAAUAAAAAACACACCAUGAUAAAGUAUUUCAAUCUUCAUCACGUUCCUUUGACGUGCUUUGCGUUUGUUGGAAUUUUAGCCUUUCUUGGCAAUGCAGGCGCUUUGGGUAAAGAACAAAACCACAUAGUUGAUCUGCAUGAAAGCAAUUGGGAUCGCAUGUUAAAUGGUGAAUGGAUGGUUGAAUUUUAUGCCCCUUGGUGUCCAGCAUGUAAAAAUUUGGCACCUACUUGGGAACGUUUUGCAAAGUCGGCUCAGGAAAUCAAUGUUAACGUGGCAAAAAUUGAUGUUACAACCUCGCCAUCAUUAAGUGGUCGUUUUUUUGUCACCGCCUUGCCUACCAUUUUUCACGUUUAUAAUGGUGAUUUUCGUAUAUAUCGUGGUUCUCGCGAGGGUGAUGCUUUGAUGCUUUUUGUUAAACAACGUCAAUGGGAAAAACUGGAUACAAUCUCAGCCUGGAAGAAACCAAACACAAUUCAUAUGUCAGUUCUUUCCUACUUCUUUAAGAUCUCCCACAUGCUAAAGGAUUUCAAUGGUCGCUUGCAAGAUGAAUAUGGCCUCCCAACUUGGGGCUCUUACGCACUUUUCGCAAUUGCAACAAUUUUUGUUGGUGCAGCUCUAGGUCUAAUGUUGGUUUGUGUUGUUGACUUAUUGUUUCCACCAAAAAAAACUCAACGACAAAGCUUUUCUGAGGUUCGUAUCCGUGAGGAAAUUAAUGAGGAUAUAGCUAAUGAUGAAUUAGAAGAUGAUGACGAUCAAGAUGAAGAUGAUACUUUGGAGGAAGUUGAAGAUGACGAUAAUUUGGACAACUAUAAUGUUUCGACCUCUGAUGGUGAAAAGUUCUCACAUAGCGAAUCGGAAGAGAUAGAAAUAGAUUUAGAUUCAGAUGAAGAAGCUAAAAAACCACCACAAAAUAAAACUGAAGGCUUAAAGGAAAAGAAUUCUGUUGAAGUCAAGGAUGAUGUUGAUAAAGUAGAAGAAAUUAAAGAGAAGAAUAUUAAAGCAAAAGACACUGUAAAAGAAGAAAACAAAGAAAAAAUAACAGAGCCGUCAGAUACAUCACCAACUACCACAAACGAUAUUCGUAAACGCAAACCGAGGAAAGCAGAUUAAUUUGUUAAUAUUUUUGAGUUUUCAUAUUAUUAUCUUCCUAAACCCAAAAACACAUAAAAUUAAAACAAUGAACAAAACAAAAACGUAUUUGUACCAAAACAAUUAGGAAGAUAGGAACUGUACAACAAGAGUAUUUUUCAGUAAUCAUAAGUGUGUAGAGUACACUCUAAACAAUUAAC